AGCUAUCUUAAUUCUCAGACUUGUGAUAAGUUUUUAUCAAAGAACAUUGACAAUCUUAUCAAGAUAGGCACUGAAAUUUGGAAGGAAAGGAACAGAAAAUAGUGUUUUGCUGUGAAACAUUCGGGAAGGUCGCACAAAAUAAUAAUUAAAAUGGUUUUAAGUACUCUAGAAAGGGUUUUUGGUAAUAGAAAUGCACUCGUGGACGUUUUAGCAGUAUUUUUUGGAAUUGGAUCAUGGAUUGGAAUCAAUGCUUUAUGGGUUCAGCUACCUCUACUAGUAAAUGUCUUGCCUGAAUUCUGGUAUCUUGCAUCAUAUUUAGUGAUAAUAAUUCAAAUUGCGAAUAUUGGACCUUUAGCAUAUACGCUUAUACAAAAAUAUUGUCCUAUACCUGACAACAUCAUAAUUUACUUUUUAUUGACAAUUGGAGUCGUUAGUGGAGGAUUUAUUCCAUUCUUUUACGAUGUUACUGUGUAUUUUUUAAGUAGUGACCGAUCAUUACUAUUCUUCAUAUUUACAUUCUGUUUUGCAUUAGUUGGAUGUACUUCUUCAGUGCUCUUUAUGCCAUACUUUGGACGCUUUCGAGGAAUUUAUCUUAUAACUUAUUUAAUUGGCGAAGGAUUGUCUGGAUUAGUACCUAGCAUAUUAGGCUUAAUUCAAGGAGUUGGAGGAAAUGCACAAUGUGAAGUAAUUGGUGAUGAUAUUGUUCCUUACUUUCCACCGCCUCGAUUUUCAACUCAAACAUUCUUCAUAAUUAUUUUUUCACUUCUUGUGGCUAGUCUUUUAGCAUUUAUUCUCCUUGAUAGACUUAAAUCAGUGCGUGAUGAAUAUGCUAAUGUAAAGAUAUUGAAUGGAAACAAUUAUCAGUAUGAUGAAAGUUCAAUGACCUCAGAUCCAACAUUAAAUGAAACUGUUAAUUUAUCAACAAUCAAUUACAGAGGACUUCUAGUGUAUAUUGGAUUAUUGUGCAUGUUUGUAAAUGCAAUUGUUCCUUCUAUUAUGCCAUUUUCAACUCUUCCUUACGGGAACGUGACUUAUCAUCUUGCAAUCACUUUAUCACUCAUGGCCAAUCCCAUUGCAUGCUUCAUUGCAAUGUUCGUGAAAAAGAAUUCGGUUAAUCACAUUUUUAUAGUCUCGAUUAUAUUUCUACCAUUUCUGUCUUAUGCAAUAACCACAGCUGUUCUGUCGCCUGCUCCACCUUUAACUGAAAACACUUUCGGGGAAUUUCUGGUUAUUACUAGCUGGACUCUAGUUAUUGGACUGGCUUCAUAUAUUCGUCUGAAAAUCACUACAAUGUUCCGAUUAAAAGGUGGAAAAAGUCUAGUAUGGAUAGGCGUAUCGACACAAAUAGGAAGUUUUGUUGGAUCAGUAGUAUCAUUUUUAUUGACCAAUUAUACUGGAAUUUUCGUCUCAUUCCAACCAUGCUGAUUUAAAUAUUCAAAUAAAUGCAUGCACAUGUGUUACAUAAACAACUGGCUAGUCCAUGUUUUAAUGCUUUUUUUCAUAGAAAGCAGGAAGAGGUAUAGUAGUAGAAUAAAUUCUGUUAAGCUCUGUUUUGUAAGAUUUGAGCAAAUGUUAUGCCAUAAAUUUACUUACUGCCAAAAACCAGUUUAC